AUGUGGUUCACUCACGAUUCAAACGAAGCCCAAGCACACCAAGAGGUGACUGGUGGCGGACACAAAGCCAAGAUCUCUCACGAGCUCAUCGCCGCAGCUGCCUCCUAUGAGGCUGCCAAAGCCUACGAACAUCAUGUGAAGGCCAACGGUAAACCUGCCAACCAUCAGAAAGCUAUCGAACUUGUAGCUGCACUCACUGGUGGUUUCAUCGACCGCUUAGCUGAAACAAAAGGCAUGGAUGAAGUUGACAAGGAACGUGCGAAGCACGAUGCUAACAAGAGGGCAGAAAGCGCACUGUCCAAGUCUGGCGAAUUUUAA